AUGAAGUUUUGGCGAUUACAGACGAAAUGCACCAUAUUAAACUCGCGAGGCAAUGCCGAUGAAUCUAGUGAAUCAGAUGAUGAUGAAAAUAUCGAUGUGAGAAUUCUCACCGAACCGAUCACAAUGCCAGUCCCUGAAGCAUCUACAGCGCCCAAACGAACUUACGAGGAAGCACUACUCUGUGCAUCUCGCCUUGUAUCUGCGAAACCAGAAACUCGAAAUAAGGCACUAUGGAUUCUGAAUGAAAUGCAGCUUCAACCAUUUGCCUUAGUUGAUUCCAAUAAUGUUAAACUUGCUGCAAUAACACAUAAAGACAAUUUGAUGCAAAUGAUCAAACCUGAUUGUGAUAAUCAAAUGCAGAUCGAGCACGUCCACCAAGAAAAACGACAAAAGUAG